UUCCCUCCACUGUCCCCACGUGACCAUGUCCAGCCGCUGGGAUUGGAUGCUGGGGAUUAUCUUUAUGGUGGCCAUUAGUGUCAUAGUCAUUGUAUCUACGUUUGCGUGUAUAGCCUUUUGCAAAUGCAAGAAACGGAUCAAACAAGCUAAAACAGUGGGCAUCGCUCCAGUUCAUGAAGAUAGCGAUACAGAUGCUGCAUCACGACCUAUACACACUGUGUCCCCUAGGACCGUGUCCCCAUCUGACAUUGGUCGGGGAAGGCAGAAGAAAACACCUGUAACACCCCUCCACACCUCUAGAUCCACCACAGUAAACACUCCUCUAGGAUCCUCACGCCAAUCCAACGAUCAUUUCUUUUACUCUAGCAGACAAGCAUGGAUGUUUGAACCCGACUAAAUUAAAAGACGUGUGACUCCCACUAUAUUACGCAUUGUCACCAACCAAAGCUUUAAUAGGAAAGAAUUUCUAAUGGACUUAUUUUGUUUUAUUAAUGACAA